AUGACAGUGAACAAGGAGGCAGAACUUAGAAGAGAGAUCGAAGCUUUAAAGAAGGAAAACAAGGAGCUAAAGGCUCAAAAACUGAAUGACAAUAAGAAAAGUGUGUGUGCUCUAUCCUUAGAAGAAUACCGUCGUUAUGGUCGUCAAAUGCAAGUUCCUGAAUUUGGAGGUUUAUCCUCACAGCUUAAGCUGAAGAAUUCAAAAAUUUUGGUUAUCGGAGCUGGAGGAUUGGGGUCUCCAGCUUUGUUGUACCUUGCAGCGGCCGGUGUCGGAAAAAUUGGUAUCGUUGAUAAUGAUGUGGUGGAUAGAACGAACUUGCACAGACAAAUAAUUCACGAUACAUCUACUUUGAAUCUGAAUAAGGCAGAGUCGGCCAGGAUAAAAAUGAGAUUGUUAAAUUCAAAUAUCGAGGUUGUUACAUACCCUGUGGCCCUGACUAACUUGAACAGCUUUCAGAUAGUAGAGCCUUAUGAUCUUGUUCUGGACUGUACUGAUACACCAGCCAGCAGGUACCUCAUAAAUGAUACCUGCGUUCUUUUAGGAAAGACGAUCAUAUCAGGUUCUGGCCUUAGAACUGAAGGGCAGCUUACUAUCUUGAACUUUCACAAACAAGGGCCAUGUUAUAGAUGCUUUUACCCCACCCCACCUCCUCCAAAUACUGUCACAUCAUGCUCAAACGGUGGAGUCAUUGGACCGUGUAUUGGAGUAUUAGGUACAAUGAUGGCUGUGGAGGCAUUAAAGUGUGUGGUUGGCUUUUAUACACAGGAAAACUUCCAUCCAUUCCUUACGCUUUACUCGGGAUUUGCUCCAGGUCAGAAGCUACGGACUUUCAGGAUGCGCUCACGGAUGCCAAAGUGUAAGGUCUGUAACCCAGAUGUUCGUGAAAUCACCAGAGAGAAAAUAGAGCAAGGUGUCAUAGAUUAUAAAGGAUGGUGUGGGGCUAUGAAUUACAAUGUGUUGAACCCACAAACCCAACGAAUAACAGCAAAGCAGUUAUCUAAGGUUGAUUUCUCGGAUGUGGAGCAUCUAAACCCUUUGCUAGAUGUGAGGCCUCGUAUUCAGUACGAUAUUUCCCAUAUUGAUGGUUCAAUCAACAUUCCAUACGAUGAUCUUUCGAGGUCGAAAAGUGUGUUGGAGGGUUUGGAUCCACACAAGAAAACAUAUGUGAUAUGCCGCUUUGGUAACGACUCUCAACUAAGCACAAAGAUCCUGCUGGAACGUAACUUCGAAGAUGUUAAGGAUGUCAUAGGAGGUCUCGAUUUGUGGAAAAAGGAUGUUAAUGCAGACUUUCCAUCUUACUGGUAG